AUGGAUGAGACUAGAACGGCGCUUCUAGCCGAUGACCUUCGAAAAAUUACAACUAGUGAAAUGACCACUAGUGGUAACAAGAAGCAAGCACAUGGAUUUUUUGUAAGAGGAAGGAGCAAUGAGCGAGGAAAAUGUAAGAGAGGAAAGCCUAGAUCGAAAUCAAGACCUCUUGCAAGAAGAUCGUGUUUUAAAUGCGGUAAGCUUGGGCAUUUCAAGGUUGAUUGUCCUAAUAAGAGAGUAGGUGAGAAGAAGAACAACAAUAAAACCGAGAGAAGAGAAGGCAAGGAAAAGGCAAGCUAUAUCUCGGAGGGACUUAGUGAUAUCAAGGAAGGGUCUAGAUCUGCUCGGCAAAGAACGUUUGCUGAAGAACAUGAAGAAACCUUGCAUGGAUUUUUGCGAGGAUUAUGUGUACGGAAAGGCGCACAGGGUCCAGUUCUUGAAAAGCAAGCACAAAAUUAG